AUGUAUCCAGGACAUCAGGGAAACGGGUAUCACAGACCUGCAGCACCACCUCCAGGUUAUGGUGGUGGAUAUAGUAGACCACCUGUGCCACCUCCACAAGAAACAAAUCACUACUCUAGACCUGCCGUUCCACCUCCAGGUAGAACUGCUGGUAAUCGUGAUGGUGGUUACAACAGACCACCAGCUCCACCACCAGGAGCUGGAGGUGCCUCUUAUUCGAGGCCACCAGCUCCUACACCGGUAGAUGGUCCACAAGGUUACGAUAGGCCACAAGCAAAUCUGCCACCACCACCAUCACAGAUGCAAUCAAUCCCUGGUACACAGUCAUCUUACCAAUACUCUAUGUGUAAUGGUAGGCGUAAGGCACUUAUUGUGGGGAUCAAUUACAUUGGAUCUAAAAACGAAUUACGUGGUUGUAUUAACGAUGCCCAUAACAUGUGGAACUUUCUUACUUCUAGGUAUGGGUACCGUCCAGAAGAUAUCGUCAUGUUGACUGAUGAUCAAAGGGAUAUGGUACGUAUCCCUACGAAGGCAAACAUGUUGAGGGCUAUGCAUUGGCUUGUCAAUGGCGCAAUGCCAAACGAUUCACUAUUUUUCCAUUACUCUGGUCAUGGUGGCCAGACAAAGGAUUUAGAUGGUGAUGAGGUUGACGGUAUGGAUGACGUUAUCUAUCCAGUCGAUUUCGAAAUGGCAGGUGAUAUUGUCGAUGAUAUAAUGCACGAUAUUAUGGUUAAACCAUUACAGCCGGGUGUACGUCUUACAGCUCUAUUUGAUUCUUGUCAUUCAGGUACUGUGCUUGAUUUGCCAUACACUUAUUCUACUAAAGGUGUUGUCAAGGAGCCAAAUAUUUGGAAAGAUGUGGGACAAGAUGGUUUUCAAGCGGUUAUGGGAUAUGCUACAGGUAAUACCAGUGCCAUCACAGGUGCACUGGGAUCACUAGCACGCUCUGUAAAGAACAAUUUGGGUGGCCACUCUUCUCGUGAUCAAGUUAUUCAAAUGAAAUUCUCACCUGCAGAUAUUGUUAUGCUUUCUGGUUCUAAGGAUAAUCAAACCUCUGCAGAUGCAGUUGAGGCCGGUCGAGCAACGGGUGCGAUGUCUUAUUCAUUUGUUAAAGUUUUAUCAAUGCAACCCCAACAAAGUUACUUGUCAUUGUUAAACAACAUGAGAGCUGAGCUUUCCAGUAAAUACUCUCAAAAGCCUCAGUUAUCUUCGUCGCAUCCUCUUGACGUGAACCUGCAAUUCAUUAUGUAA